AUGGUGUCAAAGGAGGAGAAAAAGACCAUCAAUGCUCUCCAGGCAAACUGGAUCUGGAUCCCCAAUUGGGUGGAUUCCUCCAAUUUGAAUACAGUAGGCAAGAUCGUCAAUUUCGUUCGCCAUAUAAUCUUGCCAUUGUCUCCAACUCAGGCGAGGCUUCAUUUUUCGGCUGACACCCGCUACAAAUUGUUCGUAAAUGGAGUACGUGUCGCUGUUGGUCCUACCAGAAGCAGCCCUUUAAUCUGGUACUAUGAUACGCUUGAUAUUGCGCCCUACUUGAAGCCUGGGGAAAAUGAAAUUCGCUUUGUGGUACUGCGCUACUUUGCGUCCUCGCGUGGAGCGAUGGCAUUUGAACGGACGGCUCUUCCAGGGUUGACAGUUGUUGGUCAUGUGGAGGCUGGUUCUGAGUCUAUUGAUCUUGGAUCUUGCCAGGGCUGGAAAGCUAUCCCAGACGAGUCUGUUCAAUUUCCAUCGGGCUUGGUCGAUGAUGUUUUCCUUCAUAUUAGCGAACGUAUCGCCCCCACCGUGCCAGCUGCGGAAAUUACGCCGGUUCCAUACAGUAUCAGAACGUUGAAUGGAGAUAUUGCACCUUGGGCUCUUCAACCACGCCCGAUUCCUAUGCCCGAGUCAACCCCGGCAAUUGUCGAGAUGGUCAGGUCGUGUGAAAGUAGCCUCAUUGCAGAUGACUGGACUGCAUUUCUCAAGGGAGACCACCCCUUGAUUCUUCCCAAGGGCUCGUCACACAUUCUUGAGAUUCAGGCCGAUUGCCAUUCAACGGCUUUCAUUAAAUGGGCUUUCAGGGCCGCCAACAAACCUUCGGAGAUCAAGCUCAAAGCGACCUACUCCGAAGGAUACGAACUUGAACCUCGUUCAUAUCCUUUCUUCCGGUCCAAAGCCGAUCGGCUAGAUGCUGAGGGCGGCCAUAUUAUAGGUCCAUACGAUGAAGUUGUGCUCAGUGUUUCUGACGUGGAAAGCUCGUAUGAACCAUUCUGGUUCCGGACUUUCCGACUUAUCAGACUUGAAUUGACUGUUGGCGAAGAGCCGGUUGAGCUCAAGUCAUUUGAAGCGACCCAAGUCAAUUAUCCCAUGAUUGUUAAAGCUAGCUGGAAAGAAGCUGGUUAUCUGCAAAGCCAAGAUAUCUGGGAUGUGUCUAUCCGGACCAUGCAAAACUGCAUGUUUGACGGCUAUUCUGAUUGCCCCUUCUAUGAACAACUUCAAUACUCUGGAGAUACUCGGUCUGUUGGCUUAUUCCAUUAUCUCUUGUCCGGCGAUGAUCGAUUGAUGCGACAAGCAAUCACCAACUUCGCUGCCUCAGUAACACCCUGUGGCCUCACUCAGUCUCGUUUCCCAUCACAUGCCCCACAGAUUAUUGCUGGCUUUUCCCUUUACUGGAUAUUACAAAUUUGCGAUCAUUUCAUGUUCUUUGGAGACAAAUCCUUUGCUCGGAGCUUUGUUCCACGGAUCGACGGGGUAUUCGAGUUUUUCGAUUCACACAUUGAUGAAUUGGGCCUUGUGAGUGGGCUUCCAGAGGAGAUUUGGCAAUACGUCGAUUGGGUGACAACAUGGGGUGCGACUGAUGAGCAUCCGGACAAGGGAGUGCCAACAUCUGGUCGAAAGACAAACCGUCACACAUAUUUUACCAUGCUCUACGCCUACGUGCUGAAGAAGGGUGCCGAACUCAUUCGCCACAUUGGAAGGCCCGGAAAUGCAGAAGAGUAUGAAACUCGGGCUGUGCAACUUCUAGAAGCGAUCCGCAAAAACUGCUACGAUGGAGAGUUUUUCACAGACUCUACGGCAGACGUUGCAGAUGAGCUGUCUUACUCUCAGCAUUGCCAAGUGUUCGCCGUCCUUUGCGGAGCUGCCACUCCAGGGCAAGGAGAGCGCAUUUUGUCAGAGAGUUUCACUAAUCCCCGGUUUUCAAAGUGCUCGUAUAUGAUGCGAUUCUAUGCGUUCCGCUCGCUUGCAGAGGCUGGAGGCCAACUCUACGACAAGUUUUGGACUUCAAUGUGGGCACCAUGGCGACAAAUGCUUGCAAAUAAUCUAUCAACGUGGGAAGAAGACGAUGUUCGCCAACGAUCGGACUGCCACGCGUGGGGUAGCGUUCCAAUCUACGAAUACUGCACUGAGCUAGCUGGAAUCUGCCCAGUCGCGCCGGGAUCAUCUAAAAUACGCUUCAAGCCGCGUUUGCAAUUGAGUGAAUCGAUUGAGGCAAAGAUUGCUCUAGGAAAGGAGAAUGUGGCGCAUGUCUCAUGGCGUCCUGGUAACGGGAAUGAGAAACAUGUGGAGCUUAGACUUGAUCAACCUGUCGAAGUGACCAGUCAACUUCCUGGAGGUCAAGAGAUAAGUCAUGGAGUUUUGAGUCAUCUUGACUUGGUCUAUAGUCCGUCUUAG